CUAUAAAAAUAUUUCAAAAACUUUCUGGAAUCAAAAGGGCAAAGAUUGCCUGAAAUUCGAGCAUGGAUCAUCGUCUGAUGAUUGGAAAUUUCCUGGGGAGGUAAUUUGAUUCGAUGUAAACUCGGGAAAUUCGGAAACAAAUGCUCUUUGAAUCGUGAUUCGGAAAUUGAACCCUUUUGAUUUCGAUGUUUAUUUUCUUCUCCUUGGAGCUACGGAAUUAUCAUUUAAUCGGUUUCUCGGAAUCGGGUUUUCUUCGAUUUCGUUUGUGGUCGCCUGUCAUGGAAGAUCUUGCUUGAAGGGUAAAAGGGAACAAGAAAAAAUUCGAAGCUUUCUCCGAUCCAACCAGAAUUCUUUGGUAUGAUGAAUCAAGUUCAACAUUUCUGACAGUGAUUGGCGAUUCAGGGUUGGAUAAUGGUUGGAUUAGGAGUUGGGUUUUCACAGUGAGACAAUUUUGGUGUUAACUUUUCCGUCUGGCUUUGGUUUCUCAGUGAGGGGGUCAGCCAACAAUCUCUGGACAAGGAAAAGUAGUUUAGGGUUCGGUCUGAAAAUUGUCUUUUGUCAUCCAUCUUUCUAGUAUGAGAAAUAGAAUCCGUUUAAACUCGGUGUAGGUGUUUGGGCAUGACCAGAAGCUCUUUUCAUCUUGUUAUAAUGAAGCAGAGAAUCAUAGUCACUGGUAUCCGGUUGAAUAUUCUAUAAUGAGGAUGAAUUAUUUGAGGAUUUCGACUUUUGGUCUUUGAGACCUUGAUGGAAAUUGCCCUGUUCUACCGGUUAAGACGAUUACUGAUCUUUGUAGUUGGGUUUUAAUCAUUUGGGGCUGAGCUUUGUUGCUGCUGUAGGUAUGAUAUCCUAGACUUGUAUGCUCAUGUGGCAUGAUGGUUUGGGAAGAUAUUAGAUGGAUGCAAGAGAUAAUAAUAAGACACUAUCUGAGAUAGUGGGUCUGGUGAAGUCCUGGCUUCCCUGGAGAUCUGACCCAGCCACUGUCUCCCGGGAUUUUUGGAUGCCUGAUCAGAGCUGCCGGGUAUGUUAUGAGUGCGAUACCCAUUUUACCCUUAUCAAUCGUAGACACCAUUGCCGUCUUUGUGGCAGAAUUUUUUGCGGGAAGUGUACAGCAAACUCGAUACAUAUCCCCUCCAGUGACUUGAGAACUCCCCAUGAAGAGUGGGAGAGGAUUCGGGUUUGCAAUUACUGUUUCAAGCAAUGGGAUCAAAGUGAUGGCGGCUCACAGGUUCCAAAUAACGCAGAACUUAGUUCUUCGCCUUCUGCUACAAGUCUUCCUAGCUCAAAGUCCAGUACUACCGCCCAUAGUAGCAGCUUUGCUCUUGGCUCAACGCCAGGUGUAAUUGGACCUUCUCAAAGGGUUCAACGCAAUUCUGAUGGCAGUUUACAUAUGGUAUCUGCAUUGGAAACAAACACAAUUAGGCAAGGAACCGGGAGGAAUAGUUUCAUUGCUGCAGAUGUGGAAGAUCCAUGCCGUUUUACCCCAAACAGGAGUGAUGAUGAGUUUGAUGAGUAUGGUGCAUACCAGCAUGAUAUGGAGACGAGGCCUUCUCCUCAAGAUAAUGAAUAUUAUGGUCCGGUUGAAUAUGGUGAGAUGGGUAUUGAGGAUGGCUGUAAGUUGCAUCUCGAUGGAGAAGCCGCUGACAUGAGAAGUUUAAGCGGAUCUCCACUCAUUCGUCAUUGUUUUCAGUCUCUAAGUUCAGAUGAAACAGAACAGUUUCAGAAGAGAGAUGAUCGGGAUGGCUGUGACGACACUUAUUCCCCUGCAGAUACUUCAGAAGAUCCGGUGGAUUUUGAGAACAACGGACUUUUGUGGGUUCCACCUGAUCCAGAAAAUGAAGAAGAUGAGAGUGAAAGUGCUUUGUUUGAUGAGGAUGACAAUGAGGGAGAUGCCUCGGGAGAGUGGGGGUAUUUACGUCCUUCCAAUAGUUUCGGGAGUGGAGAGUACCGUAGUGAGGAUAGAACGAGUGAGGAGCAUAAGGAGGCUAUGAAAAACGUGGUUGACGGGCAUUUUAGGGCUUUGAUUGCUCAACUGUUACAAGUUGAAAAUAUCUCGGUAAGCGAUGAAGAUGGAAAAGAGAACUGGUUAGAGAUUAUCACCUCUCUUUCUUGGGAGGCUGCAAAUUUAUUGAAGCCUGAUACAAGUAAAAGUGGUGGGAUGGACCCGGGUGGCUAUGUCAAAGUAAAAUGUUUAGCUUCUGGAUCCCCACGAGAGAGCAUGGUUGUGAAGGGAGUUGUUUGCAAGAAAAAUGUGGCUCACCGGAGAAUGAGAGCAAAGAUUGAGAAACCUCGGCUGUUGAUUCUAGGCUCUGCACUUGAAUAUCAAAGGAUUAAAAACCAGCUGUCAAGUUUCGAUACUCUGUUGCAACAAGAAAAGGAUCAUCUAAAGAUGGCUGUGGCAAAGAUACACGCCGAACGCCCUAAUAUUCUCCUCGUAGAGAAAUCAGUUUCUCGAUUUGCACAAGACUACCUUCUUUCCAAAGACAUAUCCCUUGUUCUGAACAUUAAGAGGCCACUUUUAGAUCGCAUUGCUCGAUGCACUGGUGCUCAGAUAAUUCCUUCAGUAGAUCAUCUCUCUUCUCAAAAACUGGGUCACUGUGAGAAUUUUCGCGUGGAGAGGUUUCUUGAAGAACAUGGUUCAGCUGGUCAAGGUGGGAAGAAAUUAGUGAAAACAUUAAUGUAUUUUGAGGGUUGCCCAAAGCCGUUAGGCUUUACGAUUUUGCUUAGGGGUGCUAAUGGAGAUGAGUUGAAGAAAGUGAAGCACGUCGUCCAAUAUGGAGUGUUUGCUGCUUAUCAUUUGGCAUUAGAGACUUCAUUUCUUGCAGAUGAAGGAGCCUCCCCAGAUCUUCCAUUGAACUCUCCAAUAACUGUGGCACUUCCUGCUAAAUCUACAACCAUUGAACGUUCAAUAUCUACUGUACCAGGUUUCACUGUCUCCACAGUUGAAAAGUCAAAGACUGUUCUAUCUGGUGUUGAACCACAAAGAACAAAUAGCCUCCCAACAUCAGGGCCGAUAUCAUCCAUCAGCAAUCUUUCAGUCCAGAAGACCGAAAUGGAUAUAAAUCCUGUGAUACCCGGUUCUUCAAGUUGGCAGCCUAGAGAAAUGAAUCCAAGUUUUAUCAGUUCCCGCCCUGCUGUUCCACUGAAUUUGCCUUACCGUGUGGUAGAGGGAAGAAGUGCAAUUUUUUCGGAACGAUCAUCAGUGGUGGACACAUCAGCAGAGAACAUUAGGGCAAAUAUAGCAGCUGAUUAUACAACCCACAAUUCCUUUAGGUCAUUUCAUUCUCCAGAUCAAGCUGUUGUUCCAGGGAUUUCUCAAAAUGAUGUUAGUGUUGCAGCUGGUGACCGAGUUAACGAUUCAGGGGUUUCAACUGUGCAAAACGAAAACAGUGAGAAUCGAAAGGAGGCAGAAUCUCUAAAAGAGGAAUUUCCUCCAUCACCUUCUGAUCACCAGAGCAUUUUGGUUUUCCUGUCAUCACGGUCAGUGUGGAAAGGAACUGUGUGUGAGAGGUCCCAUCUCUUUCGGAUAAAAUACUAUGGGAGUUUUGAUAAACCUUUGGGCCGGUUCUUGAGAGAUCAUUUGUUCGAUGAGAGUUACCGAUGCCGUUCAUGUGAGAUGCCAUCAGAAGCACAUGUUCACUGCUAUACUCAUCGGCAGGGCAGCCUCACAAUAUCUGUCAAGAAGCUUCCGGAUGAUCUCUUGCCCGGUGAAAAGGAGGGAAAGAUCUGGAUGUGGCAUAGAUGCUUGAGAUGUCCUCGUGUUAAUGGUUUCCCUCCAGCCACCCGACGAGUAGUGAUGUCUGAUGCUGCUUGGGGAUUAUCGUUUGGGAAGUUUUUAGAGCUCAGUUUCUCAAAUCACGCAGCCGCGAGUAGAGUGGCAUGCUGUGGGCACUCGCUCCAUAGAGACUGCCUUCGUUUCUAUGGAUUCGGGAACAUGGUUGCCUGUUUCCGGUAUGCAACUAUAGAUGUUCAUUCGGUUUACCUUCCCCCUUCAACACUUAGUUUCAACUACGAGAACCAGGCCUGGAUACAGAGAGAAACAGAUGAGGUGGUAGAGAGAGCAGAGCUUGUGUUCUCUGAAGUGUUGAAUACUAUUAGUCAAAUUGCAGGGAAAGGUUUGAAAGAAUCCAGGCGCCGAAUUGGUGAACUUGAAGCAGCACUGCAACGAGAGAAGGCGGACUUCGAGGAGAAUAUGCAAAAGAUUUUGAACAGGGAAGUGAAAGAAGGCCAACCUCUGGUCGAUGUUCUUGAGCUAUACCGCAUCCGUAGGCAGCUGCUUUUCCAGUCAUAUAUGUGGGAUCACCGCUUGAUUAAUGCAGCAGCUUUAGAUAACCUCGAGACUGGAAUCGACACUGAAAGAGAAGAACAUGAGAAACCGAUGAUCAACUCCUUUAACUCUCUUCUUGCUGGGUCAGAGCCUCAUCGAAACCCUAAUGGUGAAUUUCAGGCAAAUACCAACUCCUUGGACACGGUUCUAAAGUCAUCAGAUACAAGCUUGGAUUUGAAUCAAGAGAAAGAAGAUCGGGGUGAACUUUCUUCUUGCAAGACAUUACCCGAUGGAUCUGACACUUUGAAACGUAAGCUCGAUGUUCGUAGGUCACAGUCUGAAGGUCAAUUAGCUAUGAAAAACUUAUCAGCCACCCUUGAAGCAGCAUGGAUAGGUGAACAUCGUGCAGCGGUGGAGAUUCCAAAAGAUAAUAACUUCACCCCUCCUGCUACCGUCUUAUCAGACUCUUCAACUUUGCCUUCAAAGGUGGAGGGGCUGAAGCUGAUGGACCUGACAGAACAGCUAAGUGAACUCAAGGUAGCUCGUCCGGUCUCACCUGCUUUACCGGGUAAGAAUUAUGAGCAUACAGAAGAUUCUGUGAGCUGGUUAGGUAUGUCGUUUUUCAAUUUCUACCGAUCCAUGAACAAAAAUUUCCUGGCUAGCACUCAGAAGCUUGACCCAUUGGGCAAAUAUCGCCCAGUCUAUACUUCAUCGUUCAGAGAAUCAGAACUGCAAGGUGGGCCGAGAUUACUUCUGCCGGUGGGUAUCAAUGACAUUGUUGUCCCGGUUCAUGAUGAUGAGCCCACGAGUAUUAUCGCGUAUGCUCUGAUGUCACCCGAAUAUCAUCGUCAAAUCUCUGGCGAAGGGGAGUCUCUGGUUUCAUAUCCUUCUGAGCUGAAUCUCUCUCGUUCUAUUGACGACACGAUAUUUGACCCGAGCAGAAGUCUUAGCUCAGUUGAUGAGAGCAUACUUGCCAUGUCUACUUCUCGAAGCUCACUGCUUCUGGACCCGCUCUCUUAUACAAAAGCUCUGCUUGUACGAGUCUCGUUUGGGGAGGAUGGUACGCUCGGAAAGGUGAAGUAUACCGUUACUUGUUACUAUGCAAAACGGUUUGAAGCACUACGGAGCAUGUGUAUUCCAUCGGAACUUGAUUAUGUAAGGUCUCUUAGCCGGUGUAAGAAAUGGGGUGCUCAAGGUGGAAAGAGUAAUGUCUUCUUUGCAAAAACACUGGACGAUCGGUUCAUCAUAAAGCAAGUGACCAAGACAGAGUUGGAAUCAUUCAUCAAGUUUGCACCUGCUUACUUCAAGUACUUGUCCGAUUCUAUCAACACGAAAAGCCCCACAUGCCUUGCAAAAAUCUUGGGAAUUUAUCAGGUCAUGGUGAAGCAACUUAAAAGCGGGAAAGAAACGAAGAUGGACGUUCUGGUUAUGGAGAAUAUUCUAUUCGGAAGAACUGUGAAACGUCUAUAUGAUCUCAAGGGAUCCUCCCGGGCACGUUACAAUCCCGACUCUACUGGGAUCAACAAAGUCUUGUUGGAUCAGAACUUGAUUGAAGCAAUGCCAACUUCCCCUAUAUUUCUGGGUAAUAAAGCAAAACGACUUCUGGAAAGAGCCGUCUGGAACGAUACCGCCUUCCUCGCACUAGUUGAUGUGAUGGAUUACUCGUUGCUGGUUGGAGUGGAUGAAGAAAAUCACGAGCUGGUACUCGGGAUCAUCGAUUUCUUGAGGCAGUAUACAUGGGACAAGCAUCUAGAAACAUGGGUGAAAGCCUCUGGAAUUCUUGGAGGGUCCAAGAACGAUUCGCCAACUGUGAUUUCCCCGAAGCAGUACAAGAAAAGAUUCAGAAAGGCGAUGACAACUUACUUCCUCAUGGUCCCUGAUCAAUGGUCGCCUUCCGGUAUCGUCCCGAACAGGUCCCAGUCCGACCUGCUGGAGGAAAACUCUCGGACCGGCAUGGCGGCUGCCGAGUGAUAUUAUAACCAUACUGUAAGUUUUGUAUAGUGUUGGUUUUGAAAUGGAAUCUCUAUUCUUCGUCCUGGUUCGGCGUUUUUUAAAGAUCUGGUAAAAGUUUUAUCGUCCAGUGUUUCUGGAUUUUGGUCAUUACAGUAGCUUAGGAGAUGUCUGAAAUUCCUCUGCAAGGGAUGAGAUUAUUGUAUUACCUCUCUUCUCCAAUCGUUCAAACCAUAUAUAAAAGCUGUUUGUACAAAAAACAAAAUUCAUUUGUUCCAUGGACUUACAAGACAUUUAUUUUUAUUU